UGGGCUUCUCCUGCGCGCCGCCCGGUGUCUGGCCGAGUCCAGGGAACCGCGGCGCCUCGUUCCGAGGAGCCAUCGCCGCAGCCGGAGGCCGGGUCCCGGGUUGGGGACUGCAGGGGAAGGCAGCGGCGGGAGCCCCACCGGGGGCCUGGGACUGGGGAACUGCCUCCGGCUUCACGAUGCCAGUAUGGACAGAAUAGCUUAUGAUGCUUAUCCCCACCCACCACUUCCGAAACAUUGAGCGGAAACCAGAAUACCUCCAGCCGGAGAAGUGUGUCCCACCUCCCUACCCUGGUCCUGUGGGAACCAUGUGGUUUAUCCGUGACGGCUGUGGCAUCGCCUGUGCCAUCGUUACCUGGUUUCUGGUCCUCUAUGCGGAGUUUGUGGUCCUCUUUGUCAUGCUGAUUCCAUCUCGAGACUACGUGUAUAGCAUCAUCAACGGAAUUGUGUUCAACCUGCUGGCCUUCUUGGCCCUGGCCUCCCACUGCCGGGCCAUGCUGACGGACCCCGGGGCGGUGCCCAAAGGAAAUGCCACUAAAGAAUUCAUCGAGAGUUUACAGUUGAAGCCCGGGCAGGUGGUGUACAAGUGUCCCAAAUGCUGCAGCAUCAAGCCCGACCGAGCCCACCACUGCAGUGUUUGUAAGCGGUGCAUUCGGAAGAUGGACCACCACUGUCCCUGGGUCAACAACUGUGUCGGCGAGAACAACCAGAAGUACUUCGUCCUGUUUACAAUGUACAUAGCUCUCAUUUCCUUGCACGCCCUCAUCAUGGUGGGAUUCCACUUCCUGCAUUGCUUUGAAGAAGAUUGGACAAAUCUCCUGAAAGCCUAUGGACUGAACAGGGAAGAAAUGGCAGAGGCUGGAAUCUCUCUUCAUGAAAAAAUGCAGCCCCUUAAAGUCAGUUCGACAGAGUGCAGCUCCUUCUCUCCACCCACCACGGUGAUUCUCCUUAUCCUGCUGUGCUUUGAGGGCCUGCUCUUCCUCAUUUUCACAUCAGUGAUGUUUGGGACCCAGGUGCACUCCAUCUGCACAGAUGAGACGGUCCUGUGUGCUGCUAGGCGCAGCGUAAUGCAGUCAAAGUGCUGAUUGUGAAGACAGGCGUGUGUUCCCACUGCUGAGAAGCCACUGAGACCUCCCUUGAACCUGUGGCCUCCCCAGCAAACAACUGCCAAGAUAUCAAAGAAAGUCUGUAUGAAGUGGAUCCAAAUUAUUAGCCUGCCCACCACUCCUUCUACAUCUCAUCAGUUGAACCCAUCUCUAGACCAAGGGCCCUUUGGGUGAAGAACCAUUCCAGAAGGGAAAGAGAAAAGAACAGAACCCAGAGACCUCUAGAUGGGAGCAGCAGCCGGUGAGUAGUCUAGAGCCAGGGGCAUUGUAGCAGCCUGGAUACAUGACUGUCCAUGUCCUGACUUUUGCUUUCCAUGUGUGGGCUUCAACACCCAUGUGGCUUUUUCUUACAUUCUUUAAAUACAUAUCUAACUUAGGAUCACCUCACAGAAGAGAAAGAAUUCACAGUGAAGCAGAAACAAGCCACUGACCAGCGUACUCUCAAACUGAAACCUUCCUUUUCCCACCCUCUCCCUCAAGAAAGCAUCUGCUAACUUGAGCAGCGUGAUUGCCAUAGCAAAGCAGAGUGGCCCCCUGGGAACCCGCUCUGUUGUGGCACAUGCGCACACAGGAACCGGUGAAGCUGAUCCAAGAGUGAUGACAAGCACUGCAGAGGGAUGUUUGCCAGAAGCCUUCUGGGGGACACACAUGCUCUAACACGGACAUAGAAUGCCCUGGAUUUCUGCAGUUGAGGCUGUAGAGUCUGGUGACCAAGUAUUUGAGUCCUGGCUUCAGUCUUUUGUUCAAAUCUCUGCUUGGCUACGUACUACCAUACCUUACUACCAAAAUACGACCUUGAGCAUUAACUUCUUUAAGACUCAGUUUUCUCAUCUGUAAAACGGGAACGAUAAUCUAAAUCACAAAGUUAAUGGAAGAAUUAAAUGAGGGUGAUGAAUGGGAAUGUAUAGUGUCUGGCCCUGGUAUGGCUGUAUAAAUGUUAGCUGUGUUAGAGCUGCGCUUUUCAAACCAUUGGUCAUAACCAUUCAUGGUUUGCAACCAGCAUUUUUUUCAAGAAAAAAUUUUAAUGCAUUACAUAUUGCAGGGUAAGUAUUGUUUUAUGAAGCUUAGGGGCUGUGUAUAUAUGUGUUCUGGAAUGCAACAGAAAAAUAUUUCCUCUUGUGGGUUACAAUAUAGAAGUAUGAAAUCUCUGAUGAGGAGAGACAGCGUUAUCUGGCCAGCUGUGAAGAGACGCAUUUGCCUAGGCUGCUGCCUGGGGCUCUGGCUUUCUACAUGACGGUGCAGGGAGCAGCCUGUUCUCCCUCUCUGGGGCUGAGCUGAGUCUGCACAGACUCUUCUUGCUCGGGAGCCUUCGUCCUAAUACAUUCAUUUUGGGGAGUUGGUGAGUUUGUUCACAGAUCACAGCUCAUGUGUCACCCAGGCUGACUGGGCCAAAAGGCCUUGUCAUAUACUCUGCCAGAGCUGCUGGUGUCAACUACAACCCCCUGACCAGAAAUCGACCAUUUUUGUUUGUUCUCUUGAGCCUGAAGCUAGCGUUACUGCUCCUCUACAAACCUCAAGCUUAAGAACUUUGCCUGCAGGAUCCCUUAAAACCAUGCAAAACUCAAAAUUGUGUCCUACCAGGAAAAAGCAGCCCUCAGGCCAUUUAUUACAUCAGAUUUGUUUGCAGUGUUUUCUUUCUGGACUCACAAGUAGUCAGUACUCCCUGAACAUUUGUCCACUUGACUGCUGAAGACCUCUGGUAGACAGGCCAGGCUCUGCCUGGAAUACUUUUAUGAGCUUGGUGAGGAGGUUGAGUAUAAUCCAAGAGUGCCUUUUGGGAGCAUGCCACAUGAAUGGCAAAUAAUCAUCCUGUGGGCUCUUGGCUUCAUUUCCCUUCUCUCUGACUGAGCUCAGCCUGGGCACAGUGGGGAUUUGCACAGUGGGGAAACAUGUUGGGCAGAAAAAAGACACUAGUUCUGCUCCCAGUUCUGCUGCAUAACAAGCCAGAAGAGACUUGGCCAUUCUCAUGGCCUCUUGGAACUUAUAUUUCUUCCCUAUCUGCCAAGCAUCAAUACUCAGACCCAUCUCACAAGGAGGCUAUAAAAACCUAUGGUCAUGGCUUUGAGUCCAAGUCAGUGAGGAUGCAGCCAAUCUGUCAUUUCUGGGUGUCUCCUCUGUAGCCCAGUCUGCCAUAUGGUAAUGUCCCAGCUCUUGUGCUAUCAAGUUAAAGCACCUUUCUCGACAGACUGCAGAUGAUCACCCAGGAAGGGAAUGCAGAAUACCCAAAGCAAACCAUCUCAGUGGUCACUGCUUCUGUGCCAAGAAGGGAGGCCUGGCGAGGGGCCAGUCAGGGAGCAGCAUGGCAUCCUGUCUCAUGCCCCACAUGAAGGUCCCUCUAGACUGUGUCAAUAAGAUCCAUUUUCUGAAACAGCUAUUUUUGUUCUGAUUAUAAAAGUAACAUUGGCUCAUUGGUGAAAACUUAGACUGUGUGAGAAGUCUACAGAAAUAAAUACAAAUCAUCUAGAAUUCCAUCACCAAAAGUAACCACACAGGCAAAUGUUCCAAUGUCAUGUAAAAUUGUAUUAACACCGUCUUGUAUAGCUGCAUAGCAUUCUGCUUUAUAGAAUCAUCUGCUUAACCAUCAUUAUUGGGCAUUCCUCUUGUUUCCAACUUUGUAUGAUUAUAAUUCAGUGUUCAAGUUUAUAUUGCAUAAAUCUUUGCUCAGACUCUUAUUUUCAAAUUUUUUAUUGUGAAAUAACAAAA